CGGGGUUUUCUGCGUUCGCGUUGCGCUUCAGUGACGCUCGCGAGGCGCCGCGUCGCCGUCCAGCAACAUGGCGGAGUCCACUGUGCGCGUGAGCGGGAUCGUGUUGUCCUCCCUCAUGUUCCAGCAUGUCAACGGGGACUCGGACGUGGAAGGUUUGAUCCUCGGAGAAAGUCAGUUUGAGGAGCAAAUCAGCAUCAGCGACUCUCAGGCCGAGCACAUCCACAUCGAGGAGAUCUACAACAUCCAGAAGCACAUCAGCUGCCUCAAACUAAACGAAUUCUACGAUGCUGUUGGAGACGUGAACAUUGACGCUGUGAAGAAAAUCCUGGCCGACAAUAAGGAGGAGGACGUGAUUGGCUGGUACAGACAGCGCAGGAACUCUGAGCAACAGAUGACCUUCAGAGAGAAGGUCGUCCACGAGAAGCUGAAGACGACUCUGUGCAACCCUCACAUGAUCUUUGUGCUGCUGACCCCCAGCAGGUCCACGCCCACAGGCUCCACCCACAAGAUGGAGUACGCCGCCUUCACCUCCCGCAGCAGGAUCUUCGUCAACAUCCCCGUGCUGGUCAGGAACCUCGGCCUCCUGGAGAGUCCGGCCUACUGGAAGCCCUCGGCGCCCUGCUCGGCGGGGGGGUACCGCCUCGCCACCAGCCGCCACAGCUCAAAGUUCUUCUCCUCCAACGGGCUGCUGAGGGACGUGAACGACGUCAACGCCAUGAGCGACGCUCUGCAGGAGGAGCUGCAGGGAGCCUGCAGGAAGUUGGAGGAGAGUGAACGUCUGGUGGAAUCACUCCAGAGCGACGUUUUGACUCUCAGGAGGAAAGUCCAUGAGAAGAAAAGUGAAGGUGGUCCGGUGGUCCAGAGGGACCAGGUCCUCCAUCAGGCCUUCAGGUCUCUGUUCUGCUCUCCUGUGUUUCACACCCACACUCUGACUCUGAUGGCUCUUCCUGUUCCCGACGCCAUGACAACGGCUCCAGAAGCGCCGUCCCCCCCCUGUCGGAAGAGACUGAAGGAAACGCCGGGGGGGCGGGACAGGAAGAGCAACCCUUCAGAAUAAAAGACAGUUCUUUACGUUUUCCGUUGAUGGGAAUCAGUAUUUCUUUCCGCUAGUUUCACUUCACGUUUGAAGACGCUUAAACUAUCAAACGUGGAGUUGAGUCUGCUGUUACUAUGACAACGAGAUGGCGUGCUAAUGUUAAACAGUC